ACCCAAAAAGAGAAGCCGGGAUCCCCUGUCCCAGGGCGAGAAGACCUGCGCCCCUGGAAGGGAGAGACUGACAUCGCACCGAGACCCCCCCAUUGGCUCCCUGACUGUGUCCUGUGCUCCCGCCUCGAAGUUCACUGGCCCCCUCCCGGCCUCCGGCGCUCCGGCCGCGGGGACCCUCGACCUCGGCGGAGCAGCUUGCUCGGGCCCCGGGAAGAUGGCGAGGAGGAGCCGCCACCGCCUCCUCCUGCUGCUGCUGCGCUACCUGGUGGUCGCCCUGGGCUAUCAUAAGGCUUAUGGAUUCUCUGCCCCAAAAGACCAACCAGUCACGGCGAUAGAGUACCAAGAGAUUAUUUUAGCCUGUAAAACCCCAAAGAAGACCGUUUCCUCCAGAUUAGAGUGGAAGAAACUGGGGCGGAGCGUCUCCUUUGUCUAUUACCAGCAGGCUCUGCAAGGUGAUUUUAAAGAUCGAGCUGAGAUGAUAGAUUUCAAUAUUCGGAUCAGAAAUGUUACAAGAAAUGAUGCUGGAAAAUAUCGUUGUGAAGUUAGUGCCCCAUCUGAGCAAGGCCAAAACCUGGAAGAGGAUACAGUCACUCUAGAAGUGUUAGUGGCCCCAGCAGUUCCAUCAUGUGAAGUGCCCACUUCUGCUCUGAGUGGAACUGUGGUGGAGCUACGAUGUCAGGACAAAGAGGGGAAUCCAGCUCCCGAAUACACAUGGUUUAAGGAUGGGAUCCCUUUGCAAGGGAGUCCAAAACUUGGCUCCCAAAUCACCAACAGCUCGUACAUAAUGAAUGCAAAAUCUGGAAUUCUGCAAUUUAACACUAUUUCCAAACUGGACUCUGGAGAAUAUUCCUGUGAAGCCCGUAAUUCUGUUGGAUAUCGCAGAUGUCCUGGGAAACGAAUGCAAGUAGAGACAGAGUCUCACUGUACCGCCCUCGGGUAGAGUGCCAUGACGUCACACGGCUCACAGCAACCUCUAACUCUUGGGCUUACGCGAUUCUCUUGCCUCAGCCUCCCGAGCAGCUGGGACUACAGGCACCCGCCACAACGCCCGGCUAUUUUUUUGUUGCAGUUUGGCAGGGGCUGGGUUUGAACCCGCCACCCUCGGCAUAUGGGGCCAGCGCCCUACUCACUGAGCCACAGGCGCCACCUCCCUGAUACUUAGUUUUAUAGAAUAACUGGCACAUGUUUUCUUUGAGGCUGAGUUUUUCAUUAUUUUUAUUUGUGAAAUUGACACAGGUGGUAAUGUAGAAGAUUUUUAAGUAACUCAAUGAACUUCAAAGAUUUCCUUUUAGCCAAAUAUCUAACUCUGUGAAUUUUACACAUCUCCAAAUGAAUGCAGGAGAAUGCCAUUCACAUUUGGUUUCUGAUUGGUGGAUCUUUUUAAAAUUUGAUAAUUCUUAUCAAACUUAAGUUCUGUUAAUAUUUUUAGUCAAAUUUGGGCCAUGCCCUGUGCUUUAGGUGAACAGCUUCAAAAGCGUGAAACUAUGCUGCAUGGUAUAACUGCAAAGUGGAGCUUUUUUGAACCUUUUUCAUUUAAUGAUUGCAUAUGUACAUCUGUUUAAAUAAAUUUAUGCCUUGAUACCAGCCUGAAUUGUAAGACGAAUUCCAUUCAGGAUGAUGCUAAGAGAGUUUCUGUCUCUUUUUCUGCAUUGCUGAGCAUCACUUAAUCCCUUCUUUUAUUUUCAAAGAUUGAGUUUUCCAAGCCUCACAGAAAAAGAUGGGAGAGGAGGAGUGAAAAAGUUUGUCAACACAUUUCUUAUGAAAUAAAACUUAAAAGAAAAAGAAAAAAAUAAAAUAAAUUUAUGCAUGGU